GCUCGGAGUUUUUCGCUUCUGCUGUUGAGUUGGCACUUUUUCCUUGCGAAGAUGCUUUUCGCUGCGCUCCUCGUGUGCGUGACUCUUCUCUUCAGCGUGGCAGAAAGCAAACAGAAAGACUUUUACACCUUUAAGGUGGUGAACAGCAGAGGGAAGCUCGUGUCCCUGGAGAAGUACCGGGGUUCGGUGUCCCUGGUGGUGAACGUCGCCAGCGAGUGCGGCUACACGGACGAGCACUACAAAGAGCUGCAGCAGCUGCAGCGCGACUUCGGCCCCGCCCACUUCAACGUGCUCGCCUUCCCCUGCAACCAGUUCGGCCAGCAGGAGCCCGGCAGCGACAAGGAGAUCGACAGCUUCGUGCGCCGGAUCUACGGAGUCUCCUUCCCCCUGUUCAGCAAAAUCGCUGUGGUCGGAACUGGAGCCAACAACGUCUACAAGUACCUCGUCGAGGCGUCCGGGAAGGAGCCCGACUGGAAUUUCUGGAAGUACCUCGUGGACGUGAACGGAAAGGUGGUCGACGCGUGGGGGCCGAAGGUCUCUGUCAAAGAGAUCCGUCCGAAAAUCUCCGACAUGGUGCGGCAGAUCAUCGUGAAGAAGAGAGACGAGCUUUAACCAAGACAUUUCUGACUUUUAUUUUGAAGAGUUAAAUUCACAGCACUGACGGAGCGCGGCCGCGUUCGGCUGUCUUCAGAAACAUUGACAGCUGAAGUCUGAAA